AUGCCUCCUGCGCGCGUGGACGGGCUGGUGCCGGCGACGGGCUACUUGCUGCGGGUGGCGGCCGAGAACAGAGUUGGCCGCAGCGAGUUUUCCGCCGGCGUCAGAGUUGUUACCCUCGAAGAGCCGCCGGCGGGGCCUCCACUUAAUCUUAAAGUUUCAGGAAGAACGUCUACCAGCAUCAGUCUGCGCUGGGACCCCCCACAACGCAACCUCAGCCACGGUGUCAUAUUGGGCUACCACCUCGGCUUCAGGGAGAACGGAUUUAUCAACGGAGCUGACGUGAGGCCGUACAAUUUCACCAUCGUUGCCCUGCCUGGACCGAGUCAAUCGUACAAGGAGCUUUCCAUUAUGGCAACUCCGGGCCUCAGUCCACCCCCCGCCUCUCCUGAGAUCGACCCCACCAAUUUGUUGUCUAGUACCAGUCUCUUAUACACAUCUAGAUGUGUAUAA